CCCUGCGGGGAGCAUGUGGGAGUCCUGAAAGUCUGAAGAAAGCACCUGGGAGGGGUGCACGGGUGCAGGGGAGUCCCCUGUGCUUUCCGGUGGCCUCUCCUGUGGGUGCGAGGUGCCCACCCCCGUCCCCCCCGCCUCUGUCCUCUCUCCCGUGGGUGGCCCUGUCCCCUCGUCUGUGGGUUGUCCUGUUCCCGCUGCCGUGGGUUGCCCUGCGUCUUCUCCCGUGGGUGCAAGGUGCCUGUGCCCUCUCCCGUGGGCUGCCCCGUGUGUCGUCCUCCCCCCCUCGCCGGGCUGGCAGCGCAGCCAGAGCCGUCGGCGUCGGGCGGGAAAGGGAAAGUGAAAGCGGGAGCGGCGCUUUCGCUUUCGCCGCCCCAGCACGUUCCCUCGGGGCGGCGGGGCCGGGCCGGGCCGGGCCGGGCACGGGGUCGCGAUGGCGGAGCCGGGGGGCCCCAUGCGGUUGAAGGAAUGGCUGAUCGCGCAGAUCGACAGCGGCCGGUACCCGGGGCUGCGCUGGGAGAACCGGCACCGGACGCUCUUCCGCAUCCCCUGGAAGCACGCGGCCAAGCAGGAUUACCGGCAGCAGCAGGACGCCGCGCUCUUCAAGGCUUGGGCCAUCUACAAGGGGAAGUACCACGAAGGGACGGACAAGGCUGAUCCCUCCACCUGGAAGACGCGUCUCCGCUGCGCCCUCAACAAGAGCACCGACUUUCAGGAGGUGCCCGAGCGGAGCCAGCUGGACAUUUCCGAGCCCUACAAGGUGUACCAGAUCGUGUCCGAUGGCACCCGGGACACAGAGAAGGAUGGUGACAUGCAGUCCCCAGUCGGUGAGGAUCAGCAGGGCAACGCCACGAGGAGCCCGGAGGAGAAAAGCCAGAAGGGCACGACGGAGACAUGCCACGUGUCUCCACUGCCCUUGCUCUCUGCCCACCCGGCCGAGCGAGGGUACCACGUGAGGGGAGUCUUCUAUGGCUGGAACCCGACCCACCACCACCUUCUCCCUGGACCCCCAUCCUACCUCCCUGUGGAGGAUGUCAACCACUCAGACUGCUGGCUCCACGUCCGACUCUACUACUGCGACGUGCUGGUGAAGGAGGUCACCACCCGCACGGCCGAGGGCUGCCGCAUCACCUCCCGCGCUGUGCCGGCCGACAACGAGCACCUCUACGGCCCCUCCUGCAUGGAGCAAAUCGAGUUCCCCCCGCCGCGGGCGCUCGGCGGCAGUGGCCGGGUGGCCAGCAUGACCGAUGUGCUGGAGAGGCUCCUGCCCCACUUGGAGCGCGGCGUGCUGCUGUGGGUAGCGCCCGAGGGGGUCUUCAUGAAGCGCCAGUGCCAGGGCAGGGUGUACUGGAACGGGCCACUGGCCCCACACAGGGACUGGCCCAACAAGCUGGAGAGGGAAAAGACCUACAAGCUGCUAGACACACAGCAGUUCCUGCAGCAGCUGCGGGGGUACCUGAGCCAUGGACAGCCCACGCCGCAGUACCAGAUCCACCUGUGCUUCGGGGAGGAGUUCCCCACCAGCGCCGGGCACCACUUCCAGAAGCUCAUCAUGGCCCACGUGGAGCCUGUGUUCGCGCGGGAGCUCUUCCAUCACGCCCAGCGCAUGGGGCCGACGCUGCUCCGUGACUCCCCCCAGCCCUGCGCCCCCGGUGCCUCAAGCCACAUCAUCCGCGUCCUCAAACAGCUCUGCCAGCCCUGAGCCCGGGCGGGCGGGAGAGGAGAGCCCAGUCGCGAUGAAGCCUGGGAGUGGGAUGCUCUGCUGCCCCACAGCCCCGCUCCGGCCACGUUCCCCAAACCGGUGUGCAUGGGGCGCUCAGCGCUGCGGGUCCGGACGCGGGCAGGCAUUGGCCGGGGGGGGGCAGACGGCUGCCACCCCCACACAGAUCACUAUAUUUAUUCCCCGGGUGGGAUUUGCUGUGUGCUUGUUUGGUGAGCCGGGGCAGAGCCAGCUCCAUCCUUGUGCCUUGCACCGCCUGGACUCGCUGUUCGCGAACCUUAGAAAUAAAGGUUGUGUUUCAGUAC